UACAGCGACUUUGAUGUUUUUUUGUUUGCUUAGGAACAAAGUCUGUGGAUUAGGUAGACUGUUUCAGAGGAAGGGUGGGCCAACAAAUAUCUUUCCUUUUGAAUAAGGCAUCCCCCUCAUAGUGAUGAGAGUCUCAUUCUAUCAUAUUAUAUUGAUUUAUACAAUAUUUCCCCAAUAUUUAAGCAUCCUCAUGUUUAUGUUUUAACCUUAUCUUUAUAAGUUAGAUUAGGUUUAGAGUCAUUAAUGCCCGGACAUCAUCAAUGCGUACUCUAGAAAGUACUUCAUUUAGUGCUGUGAUCUACUCAAGACGCAAAGAUUCAGUUUUUGUCAACCAAAAUCUUCUUUUUUUUCUUAAUAUAGUGAGAUACCAUAAUCUAGUUUACUUUUUGGUAAUGUUACUCUUUUUAGUAAUGCAACUGAAUCUAAGCCAAAAUUUAGAACAAACCUUUAGUCGGCUGCAAUUAAGUCGACGUAGCUCCCAAUCCAUACCGUACUUUUAAACAAUUUUGAAUAUGCUCUUUGUCAGUACAAACCUUAACAUCUUUCUACACCACUAUCCCUCCACACUCCGUACACUUCCUUUUCUUUAUUCUCACCAACCGCUUUGAUACCCCCCAUGCCUUGCUCCUCUAGGCCUAAACUUUCCUUCUUCUACUUCUCAAAACCCAAUAUCCCUUGAUCCAUAUAAUUAGGCCCAAAUCAUAAUGGGUCAAGAAAGCAUGGAGUAGCAUCAAGAAAUGGAUAGUAAACAUUGUAGAAAAAAAACGUGCGUUUUGCAAUAUUUUUCUUAGCUUUUCUUCUUUAUAAUAUUCAAACAUCAUCUACCCUCUCUUAAUAAUUGUCCCUCUUUUUCUUUUUUCCUUCGCACUUUAAUUGGUCAAACAAGCAUGGACGAGCAACAGUGGAUGGUGAGCUACUUUGUUUUUUUCUAUUUGAAACUAAUUAAUAAUUGUGAAAAUGUUCAACCUCGGAAGAUAUUAGGGAGUAGGAACCCAAGAUAUUAUCAACCACGUCUGCGCCAAGUAAAAUUCUUUUGCUCAUCUUCUACAAGUUUAAUUAAAGUUUGACCAAUCAACGUACAUACGCGUAUUUACUAUUUACUGAUGUAAAAAUCAAACUAUGGAUAUAUUGACUUUUCAUCAUCUUGCCAAGAAAACGAAAAACGAAUCAAUACACGUCACAAGUUAUAUUCAUUAAUCUCCAUUGAUACACAUCCACGAUAUUUAUGCAACAAACCAAGCAAUAAUGAUAUAUAUUCGCCUUACAACUGGUAUUAACUAACUAUCAUAUUAUAUGUCUUCCCAUGUACAUCAAAACCUUUGUGUAUCAUCUGUAGCAUGGAACGGAGAACCGAUUUAGAUUAUUUCACGUGUAACUAGUCAAUAGAAUUCGGUGGUCCACAAAGUAAUUCGUAUUCAAAAUUCGGAAAAGAGCCAGUUCAUCAAUUAUUAUCAACGAGUUUUCUCUCUCUCUAUAAAUAUAUAUUUGAUUCAAACAUAGUAGACUUUGCUUGAUCAAAGCAAUUAUGAUAAUAUAUAUUAUUAUUAUAUAUACGAAUAAUAUGUAAUGUAACAUGACGUUCGAAAAAGGAAAAACAUAAAACCAGAUGACGUUCGGCGAAAAGAAAAAACGUGAUCCAAUAAGACGUCAUUAUAGAUAAAAUCGACGGGUAUCCUUCGUUCGUAAUGACAUUCCACAGUCCAUUUGUAAAAAAUUCUAUGUUCUUCAUAAAACAAAACUAUGUUCGUACGUGCACGUGCAUGGACCGUUUUUUCAUCUAGUUCAGAAAAUCUAAAAAGCAGAAUACUAAUUGAUUCGUAUCCUUCCUUUUACAAUACCUAGUUAGAUAUAUAAACUAGCUGUCAUCAGAUGAACAGAGUAUAAGUAUAUCUUGUAACAAAGUAUGGAUUAACGGGUUAAUAUAGUGUCAUUAUUAAUUUCGUAUAAAGCUUGAUUCUUACGUGUCGUCUACGACACUGCCCCUUCUAGUUCUGGUUUUACAAUUAACAGCGGGCCGCCUCUUCGUCUUUGACUUGGCAGUCUGCCUUAAAAUUCCUAUAAGAUAUAGAUUAUAGUAUUAUUUAUAUGCUUGUUUUCACACAAGAUCUAUAUAAUACCGAACAAACAUACAAAGGCAAAAAAAUAUUCUCUUCUUUUGGAAUUUAGGUCGAUUCCACAAUUAGUUAGGAAUAUGGAGGGAUAUCAAAAUGGAUCGUCCUACGCUCCGUUUUUGUCCCUGACAUCGCAUCAAAACCAUUCUAAAUUGGAGUUCCAUCAAGGAGAAGAAGAGGCCUCGAAGGUUAGAGAAGGUUCUUCAAGAAGCUUGGAGGUGAAAAAGAAGGGGAAGAAGCAAAGGUUUGCGUUUCAGACAAGGAGCCAAGUUGAUAUCCUUGAUGAUGGUUAUAGAUGGAGAAAGUAUGGUCAAAAGGCCGUCAAGAACAACACGUUCCCUAGGAGCUACUAUAGGUGCACAUAUGCAGGAUGCAAUGUAAAGAAGCAAGUGCAAAGAUUAACGUCGGACCAAGAAGUUGUAGUCACAACCUACGAAGGAGUGCACUCGCAUGCCAUCGAAAAAUCUACAGAAAAUUUCGAGCAUAUCCUCACCCAAAUGCAAAUCUACUCUUCUUUUAAUUAAGCUCUCAAUCUUUUAUACCUUUUGUAGCGUAUAAUUCUGAGAGCUCGUGUUGUAAAUUAUACUUAUAUAAAAAGUAUAAUAUUACAUUGUAUGCAUGUUAAAAGAAAAACAAUAGUCAUCUAAAUUUUAUAAAUAUUCAUUUAGAAACAAAA